UUUGGAUAUAGUGCCAACAAACAGAAUAAAUAGUACAUGUAGAUAUUCACCCUUAUCGAGAAGUUCACCCGGAAAAAAUUUCGCCGAAACUUUUUUUAUUCGGGUAAAAUUAUUCCGCCUAUCCACAAUUUCGGCCGAACAAAAUUUCACUUCGAAUCAGCUGAUACUCUAUGGUGAAUUAAUUGUGACGAAAUUAUUUACUUGCUACUGUGUUAAUUUUGUAAGCAAGCAUAAAAUUCUUUAAAAUAAAGUAAAAAUAGAGCCCAAAAAAAUAUUUAGCAACAUGUUUAGCAUUGCACUUAGGUUACUAUUGAGCGAGCGUGAGGAGAAUUUGAACGGGAGAGCGCUCAGGAGGCAAUUAAGGGACAAUUCCAACCCUUUAAAUUUCUUAUAUUUCAGUUUUCGGUAAUAUUACAGGCUAAAUAAGCCCGCAUUUAAGUAUUUGCUGGAUAUUCUUACUAACUCCUUGCCGCCAUUGAAGCAGAAAUUUGGAAUUCCACCUAUUGUUAAAUUGUGCGCAUGUUUGCGCUUUUUUGCAGAGGGAGGACAUCAGAAAGGCGUUGGAAAGGACCAUGAAGUGGGUUUAACUCAGACUUCCUUUAGCGAGGUACUGUCAGAAGUGCUAAGUAUUUUGCAGCUAUUGCUUUGUCCACAAUGGAUAAGUUGGCCCACUUUAGAAGAGCAACGCCAAAUUGCACACGAUUUUUAUACAAAAUUUGCAAUACCAGGAGUUAUAGGAUGUGUGGAUGGAACUCACGUCAACAUAAUAUCCCCUUCAAAAAACAUUCAUCAAUUUUACAAUAGAAAAGGCAAUUGCAGUUUGAAUGUUAUGCUCGUAUGUGACAGCCAUCUGAGAAUUCGCUUUAUUGAUGCUACACACCCUGGUGUAUGUCACGAUGCCUUUAUAUGGAACAUAACCAGUUUAAGAUUUGAAAUGGAACAAAACUAUUUGCAAACCCACAACAAAGUUUGGCUACUAGGAGAUGCUGGGUACCCCCUAGAGCCUUGGCUACUUACUCCGUACAGAACACCUGAAAGUGGUUCAGCUCAGGCCAAAUUUAAUGAAGUACACACACGCUGUCGAAAUAUAAUCGAAAGAAGAAAUGGUGUUCUUAAAAACCGAUGGAGGUGCCUGUUAAGUGCUAGUGAGAGUUGUACUAUGCUCCUAUAAAGGCAGUAAAAUAGUAAACGUUUGCGCAGCUUUGCAUAAUAUUUGCAUUCACUACAAAAGUGAUGUAAAUUUUUCUAACCCAUCUGUUGAUGAAGAUUUCAGUGAAAUCUCCACAGAAGACAAUCAACCAGUAGUCGAAGGAAGUAGUACCUUCCCCCUUUGAGCAAAGAAUACAAAUUUAAAUUCUUUAUUUAGCUUUAUUUAAAAAUAUUUUCAAGAUAA